CCCAUGCCCUCUCUCCCUCCCAGCCCUCUGGCUAUGGAGUACCUAAACGACUUUGACCUCCUCAAGUUUGAGGUGAAACCUGACACCCCUCCGCUCCCUCCCCCAUGUGCGUAUCCAAAAUCUGGCCUCCCCCACGACCCCUCCAGUUCUCCGUACACCAGCCAUCCUCCGCAGGACUCCAGUUUGAGCUCCAGCCCUUACAACUCACUGCCACCUUCACCGACACUCAGCGAUGCCCACCCACCACCUUCAGGCUCCUCCUCCCUCUCUUCGUCAUCCUCCUCCAUCUCUUUUCCGCUCUCCAUCUCCAACAGCUUCACCUCCGGCAUCAGCUCCGGCUCUCAGGGGAACGUGGAAGGCAGUCCGGCCCACGGCGGGCCUCAGGGUCCCACCCCGGCCUCGCUGGAGGACCUGAUCUGGCUGGCAGCACUGCAGCAACAGUUUGGAGGGGAAGUGACGGGGCCCGCCACUUUGCUGGGGGCCUUGGGGGGAGUGCCAGAGCGAGGGGACAGAGAGAGGGGGCCGGUCAAUGGCUUUCUGGGAUGUGAGGAUGCUGUGGAGGCUUUACUGAACUCAGCUGCUGCAGCUGUCAGCUCACAGUUUCCAGGGCUUUCUCAGAGUUCGAGCAGUAACCUGGGGGACUCCAGCAGCGACAGCGGGGCCGACAUCUCCUGCCCCAAAGGGACAGACAUGUGCCAUCGCCCGCUCGUCUUCCUCUCAUCUGCCCCGCCCUCGCUCCCAAACGCCGCCCCCACCUCAGCUCCCUACCCACAACCCCUCAGCCCCCAGGGUCGCCUUCAUCACCACCAGCAUCACCAUCAUCAGCACCACCCGCACCACCCCAUGCAUGGCAGCCAUCACCAUCAUCACCACCCACAACUUAAUCAGGUACGCUCAUCACAGUGCGGGGUGAAUGAGCGCUUCUCUGAUGAGCAGCUGGUGAGCCUGUCAGUGCGAGAGCUGAACCGACACCUGCGGGGAGUGAGUAAGGACGAGGUGGUGCGCUUGAAGCAGAAACGCCGCACGCUAAAGAACCGCGGCUAUGCCCAGUCCUGCCGCUACAAGCGCUUACAGCAUCGCCACGCUCUGGAGUCAGAGAAGCAUGUGCUCACGCAACAGUUGGACCAGCUACAGUGUGAGCUGACUCGAGUGCUGAGGGAGAGAGACGCCUACAAGGCUCGCUACGAGAAGCUCCUCAGCACGAACCACGGCAUCGGUGGCGACGCCCCACCGACCCGCACCAGCAACCCACCUUCCCCUCCCCCUGACUACUUCCUCUGA